AUGGGUAAGAUUGAUGAGAAUGAGAGGAUAAUCCUUAAUGUCGGGGGCACAAGACAUGAGACAUACCGAAGCACCCUAAAAACCAUACCAGGGACUCGACUAGCCUUGCUCGCCUGUGAUUCACAGAGCAUUCAAGGGCUGGAGCUACAACCAAUUUCAGGACCCUUUCAGUGUAGCCCCAGGGGCAAUGAAUUUUUCUUUGAUAGGCACCCUGGUGUUUUUGCCUAUGUGCUUAAUUAUUAUCGCACAGGUAAGCUGCACUGCCCAGCAGAUGUGUGUGGGCCUCUCUUUGAAGAGGAACUGGCUUUUUGGGGUAUUGAUGAAACAGAUGUUGAGCCCUGUUGUUGGAUGACUUAUCGUCAGCAUCGUGAUGCAGAAGAAGCACUGGAUAUAUUUGAGACACCAGAUUUGAUUUCUGGGGAACCACCACUUAUAGACGAGGAUGAAGAAGAUUUGGAUAAACGGUUAGCAAUUGAAGAUGUUGUUGGUCCUGAUGGAAAAGUUGGACGGUGGAGAAGGUUGCAACCUCGCAUAUGGGCUUUAUUUGAAGAUCCAUACUCUUCCAGAGCUGCCCGGUUCAUCGCUUUUGCUUCGUUGUUUUUCAUCCUUGUUUCAAUAACAACCUUUUGUCUGGAGACCCAUGAAGCAUUUAAUACUAUCAUUAACAAGACUGAGACAAUAAACAAUGGCACAGAAAUUGUUUCAUUAAUUGAAAUAGAAACUGAUCCCGCAUUGACAUAUGUUGAAGGAGUCUGUGUAGUAUGGUUUACAUUUGAAUUUUUAGUACGUGUCACUUUUUGUCCUGACAAACUUGAAUUUGUCAGAAACCUUUUAAAUAUUAUUGAUUUUGUGGCUAUUCUGCCAUUUUAUUUGGAGGUUGGUUUAAGUGGUCUUUCCUCCAAAGCUGCUAAGGAUGUGCUAGGAUUCCUCAGGGUUGUGAGGUUUGUUCGUAUCCUACGAAUUUUCAAAUUGACCCGUCAUUUUGUAGGACUAAGAGUACUUGGGCACACUCUUCGAGCUAGCACUAAUGAAUUUUUACUUCUCAUAAUAUUUUUGGCUCUAGGAGUCUUGAUAUUUGCCACCAUGAUUUAUUAUGCAGAAAGAAUAGGUGCCAGUCCCAAUGAUCCUUCAGCAAAUAAGCAUACACAAUUUAAAAACAUUCCAAUUGGAUUCUGGUGGGCUGUUGUUACUAUGACAACAUUGGGUUACGGUGAUAUGUAUCCACAGACUUGGUCCGGAAUGUUAGUAGGUGCAUUAUGUGCUUUAGCUGGUGUGCUCACUAUAGCAAUGCCUGUACCAGUCAUUGUUAACAACUUUGGAAUGUACUACUCUCUUGCUAUGGCAAAACAAAAGCUUCCAAGAAAAAGAAAGAAGUAUGUUCCUCAUGCGCUUCAGGCGGGAUCACCUACCUUCUGUAAGAUGGAUUUGACUAUGGGAUGCAACAGCACGCAGGUAGAUUCAUGCCUCGGUAAAGACAACAGGUUGAUGGAACACAAUAUAUCAGGUGAAGACAGUUCAGGAAGUGAUCAGCCUCUUUCACCAGGGGAGAGAUACCCAAUUAGACGCUCUAGUACCAGAGACAAAAACAGAAGAGGAGGUCCCUGUUUUCUUCUGACCACAAGUGAUUAUGCAUGCAAUACUGACGGAGGGAUACGGAAAGGAUAUGAGAAAUCCCGAAGCUUAAACAACAUAGCUGGCUUGGCAGCCAAUGCUCUGAGACUGUCUCCAGUAACAUCACCCUACAGCUCACCUUGUCCUCUAAGACGUUCUCGAUCUCCCAUCCCAUCUAUCUUGUAA